GUGGAGCUGACGGCAUCUGAUGACAGGCUGCUGAACCGAGCCUGCCAGAGACCCUCGAUCUGCAGCGUUCUUAUAAAACACACACCCGACCGGACGAUGCUGCUUCACGCAGCCGGUGUGAACGCGCCGUGACGGGGGCGAGCAUGUGCCGCUGUCAGCGCCGCUAAGCCGCGGACGGCCGCCCGAAGCAGAGACGUGGGACACGGUGUCAAUGGACCGCGGCGCUGCUCGUCGUCUCGCUCCAGGGAGAAAAUAAUAUCACGUAGCGACGGAUUAUAAUUCCCCCGCCGUGCAUGGGCGGUGGGGGGGCGACUGCUCUCCCGCAUUCCCUCGUCGUGUGAAGUUUCUCGAGGAACAGGGUCGAAGGCGCCGCCGACCAAGAUGUCGGUCAGCAGCCCCGAGGCGGUGAAGAAGCUGCUGGAGAACAUGCAGACGGACCUGCGCUCCCUGUCCAUGGAGUGCAAGAAGAAAUUCCCCCCCGUCAAAGAGGCUGCAGAGUCUGGCAUUGUGAAGAUUAAGACCAUUGCAGCCAGGAAUACAGGCAUACUGGCAGCUCUGAAGGAGAACAGCUCCGAGGUGGUGCAGCCGUUCCUGAUGGGCUGUGGCACCAAAGAGCAAAAGAUCACCCAGCUGUGUCUGGCUGCCAUCCAGAGGCUCAUGUCCCAUGAGGUGGUAUCUGAGGGAGCAGCGGGGAACAUCAUCAACAUGUUGUGGCAGCUGAUGGAAAAUGGUUUGGAGGAGCUGAAACUUCUGCAGACGGUCCUCGUCCUGCUGACCACCAACACAGUUGUACAUGAUGAAGUACUUUCCAAGGCCAUUGUGCUGUGUUUCCGUCUCCACUUCACCAAGGACCCCAUCACCAACAACACAGCGGCCGCCACCGUCAGGCAGGUCGUCACUGUGGUGUUCGAAAGGAUGGUGGCAGAGGACGAGCGUUUCAAAGGCAUUGUGGAGCAUCCUCCUCCAGUCCAGGGAAACACCAACAGACGAUCUGUUAGUACCCUGAGACCCAGUGCUAAAGACGCAUACAUGCUGUUCCAGGACUUGUGCCAGCUUGUCAACGCUGAUGCCCCCUACUGGCUGGUAGGGAUGACAGAGAUGACACGGACAUUUGGCCUGGAGCUGCUGGAGUCUGUUCUCAAUGAUUUCCCGGGAUUAUUCUUACAGCACCAGGAGUUCAGUUUCCUGUUGAAGGAACGAGUGUGUCCACUUGUGAUCAAGCUCUUCUCCCCCAACAUCAAGUUCCGUCAGGGCAGCAGCAGUGCUGCCUCGCCGGCACCUGUGGAGAAACCGUACUUUCCCAUCUGUAUGAGGCUCCUGCGCGUAGUGUCAGUCCUCAUCAAGCACUUCUACACCCUACUGGUGACUGAGUGUGAGAUUUUUUUGUCUCUACUGGUGAAGUUUCUGGACGGGGAGAAGCCACAGUGGCUGAGAGCAGUGGCUGUAGAAUCAGUCCAUAGGCUGUGUGUGCAGCCACAUUUGUUACGUUCAUUCUGCCAGUCAUAUGACAUGAAGCAGCACUCCACCAAGGUAUUCAGAGACAUCGUCAAUGCCCUGGGCUCCUUCAUCCAGUCCCUCUUCAUCGUCCCCAAUGCAGGCAACACUCCUGUCGCCAGUGCACCUGCUGGAGCCUCUGGUUCAGGGGCCCAGGGCACCGCACAGGGCGGCCCAGGGACAGGAGGAGUCGGAGGCAACCUGACGACCCAGGCUGCAUUUGAAUACCGCGGUACCUGGAUCCCCCUCAUGACUGUUAGUGUCCAGGGAAGCGCCAAGGCCACUUAUCUAGAGAUGCUGGAUAAGGUGGAGCCUCCGUCCAUCCCCGAGGGCUACGCCAUGUCUGUGGCCUUCAGUGCCCUGCUGGACCUGGUCAGAGGCAUUACUUCCAUGAUAGAGAGAGAACUGGCUGCGGAGGAGGGGGUGGCCGCUGAAUUCCGGGAGGCUAACCCUGACCAGAAGUGGCAGCCACAACCUGGAGCCCACCUGGUGUGGGAGGAGAUGGUCAGUGCCUGUUGGUGUGGUCUACUGGCUGCUCUCUCUCUGCUGCUGGACGCAAGCACUGAUGAGACAGCAACUGAGAACAUCCUGAAGGCGGAGCUGACCAUGGCCUCGCUGUGUGGUCGUCUGGGACUGGUGACGCCCCGAGAUGCCUUCAUCACAGCCAUCUGCAAGGCCUCACUGCCGCCGCACUAUGCUCUGACUCUUCUGAGCUGCAAUGCCGCCAACCUCUCCAGUAAAGCCUACUCCAUCCAGGGCCAGACCGUGCAGAUUAUCAGCCCCUCCAGUGAAUCUCAUCAGCAGGUGGUGGCUGUUGGGCAGCCGCUCAACGCCCAGCCCCAGGGCACGGUGAUGCUGACGGCAAAGAACAUCCAGUGUAUGCGAACCCUGUUGAACCUCGCACACUGCCACGGGGCGGUGCUCGGCACGUCCUGGCAGCUGGUACUGGCCACCCUGCAGCAUUUGGUCUGGAUCCUGGGACUGAAGCCGGGGGUGGGCGGUGCCCUGAAGCCCGGCCGAGCUGUGGAGGGACCCAGCACAGUGCUGACCACAGCAGUGAUGACAGACCUGCCCAUCAUCUCCAACAUCCUGUCCAGACUUUUUGAGAGCUCCCAAUACCUAGAUGAUGUGUCCCUGCAUCACCUGAUAAACGCUCUGUGUUCACUCUCCGUGGAAGCCAUGGAAAUGGCUUAUGGAAACAACAAGGAGCCGUCUCUUUUCGCGGUGGCAAAGCUCUUGGAGACUGGUCUCGUCAACAUGGAUCGUAUAGAGAUCUUGUGGAGGCCUCUGACUGGCCACUUACUUGAGGUGUGCCAGCACCCGAACUCCAGGAUGAGAGAGUGGGGGGCUGAGGCGUUGACGGCGCUCAUCAAAGCCGGACUGGCCUUCAAACAUGACCCCCCAUUGGCCCAGAAUCAGCGGCUGCAGCUUCUGUUGCUGAACCCCUUGAAGGAGUUGUCCAACGUGCUCCAUGCAGACAUCCGCCAGAAACAGCUAGAGAGUGUCCUGCAGAUCCUUCAGAGCCAGGGUGACAGCCUGGGGCCCGGCUGGCCCCUCGUGUUGGGGGUUAUAGGAGCCAUCCGCAAUGAUCAAGGCGAGUCAUUGAUCCGAACAGCCUUUCAGUGCCUGCAGUUGGUGGUGACAGACUUUUUGCCCACCAUGCCUUGCACGUGCCUCCAGAUAGUGGUGGAUGUAGCCGGCAGCUUCGGCCUGCAGAACCAGGAGCUCAACAUCAGCCUCACCUCCAUCGGCCUACUGUGGAACAUUUCAGACUACUUCUUCCAAAGGGGCGAAGUCAUCACGCAGGAGUUGGAGAAGGAAGAAGAAGCGUUGCAGAAGCAGGCGCAAGAGAAAGGAGAGACCCUGAACAGGCCGUUUCACCCCGCCCCCCCCUUCGACUGCCUGUGGCUGUGCCUUUACGCCAAGCUGGGCGAGCUCUGCGUUGACCCCCGGCCAGCUGUUCGGAAAAGCGCCGGGCAGACAUUGUUCUCCACCAUCGCUGCCCACGGGACCCUGCUGCAGCAGCCAACAUGGCAUAUUGUCGUCUGGAAGGUGCUGUUCCCGCUGCUCGACUGCGUGAGGACGUCCUCCAGCACGGCGGACAAGGAGAAGAUCGAGUCCGGAGGCGGCAACAUCCUCAUUCACCACUCACGCGACACGGCAGAGAAGCAGUGGGCGGAGACGUGGGUGCUGACACUUGCCGGGGUGGCGCGCAUUUUCAACACGCGGCGGUAUCUCCUCCAGCAAUUAGGUGAUUUCUUUGAGGCGUGGGAGGUGCUGCUGAACCACAUUCAGUCGGCUGCUCUGAGUAAAAACAACGAGGUCUCCCUGGCCGCCCUCAAGAGCUUUCAAGAGAUCCUGCAGAUCGUUACACCUGUGAGAGACUCGGACAAAGUAUGCGAUGCACUCGCUGCUAUGGGCGUCCCCCCAGUGCUCAUAGACCCUCUCUCGGCGUCCGGCCCUGGCAGACCCCUGGUGCGUUCAGAUUCGCUCGUCGAGCGGCUGACGCGUUACAACGGUGCUGAACUGCAGGCCCCUCCCCCAGGGGAGGAGUCGGCCUUAGAGGACUCUGCAUUGUGGUGGUCGGCGUGGAACACGUGGUAUCGAACGGGAACGGACAGCACGAGGCCCCCCAGUGGCCCGACAGAGAAGCUCUCCUUUAUCCCCAGCCAGCCGUUCCUCACGGCGCUGAUCCAGAUUUUCCCAGCGCUCUACCAGCACAUCAAGGCCAACUUCAGCAUGGAGGAUCUGAAGAAGCUGGGGGUCAUCCUUCACGGGGCUGUGUCUGUGCCUAUCAGCAGUGAUGCCUCACCCUUCAUCCUCCCCUCCUACACUGAGGCGGUGCUCACCAGCUUGCAGGAAGCUGUGCUCACCGCACUGGAUAUUUUGCAGAAGGCCAUCUGUGUGGGCCCCGAGAACCUGCAGGUCAUGUACCCAGCCAUCUUUGAACAGCUGCUACUCUUCGUGGAGUUCUCCUGCAAGCCUCCUCAGUAUGGCAGGAUGGAAACCAAACACGUGGCCAAUGCCAAAUACAACCAGGCGGAAUGGGUUGCCUUAAACUAUGUGCCCUUUGCUGAGCGCUCCCUGGAGGUAGUGGUGGACCUGUACCACAAAACAGCGUGCCACAAAGCUGUCAUCAGUGAGAAAGUUCUGCAGAACAUCAUCAAGACUUUAAAAAUGCCCUUGGGUUUGAAGUAUUCCUGUCCGUCAGAGAGCACCUGGAAGCUUGCUGUUUCGUCCCUGCUAAGGGUUUUGUCUAUUGGACUGCCGGUGGCACGCCAGCAUGCCUCAUCUGGGAAGUUCGACACCAUGUGGCCUGAACUGGCCAAUGCCUUUGAAGACUUUCUUUUUACCAAAAGCACAUCCCCAGACAACCUGUCUAUCCAGGAAUUUCAGAAGAAUGAAGCCGUGGAUGUAGAGGUAGUCCAGCUGAUCAGCACAGAGAUUUUACCUUUUGCCAAUUUCAUCCCCAAAGACUUUGUUGGCCAGAUCAUGACUAUGCUCAAUAAAGGUUCCAUUCACUCUCAGUCUCCCUCGUUCACAGAGGCAGAAAUAGAUGUGCGGAUGAGGGAGGAGUUUUCCAAAGUGUGCUUUGAGACGCUGCUGCAGUUUUCCUUCAGCAACAAGGUGUCCACCCCCCAGGAGGGCUAUAUCUCUCGUAUGGCGCUCUCUGUGCUCCUCAAGAGGUCCCAGGACGUCCUGCGGCGUUACGUGGAGGAUGAGAGGCUGAGUGGACGCUGCCCCCUGCCCAGGCAACAAGUGACAGAGAUCAUCUUCGUCUUGAAAGCGAUCAGCACUUUGAUGGACUCGCUUAAAAAGACACAGCCAGAAAAUGUGGAUGGCAACACGUGGGCUCAGGUAAUUGCCCUGUACCCCACCCUGGUGGAGUGCAUCACGUGUUCCUCCUCUGAGGUGAGCUCGGCCCUGAAAGAGGCCCUUGGGCCCUUUAAAGACUUCAUGCAGCCGCCGGUCUCCAGGGUCCAGAACGGGGAGUCCUGACCAGGCAGCCUCUGAGCUCUUUGGUCCUUUUUUAUCAUGAAGAAGUCUUUGAAUGUGUCUUCUCGACCCACGUGCUUCACAAGUGCACGGACAUGAACUCCAUGCGAGACCCAUCUACGGUGACAUGAAGCUCCACACAGUGAUGAGAGAUCUGAGGUCCGCUCCCCGCCCUUCAUUUGCAUCAUCGUAUGCUUCUCAUGUGAGCUGAUUAUGCCUUUGCCCGCCCCACUCUCAUACAGAAUGACUGCGAUCUUGUGUUAACUACGGAGAUAUAAAAAUAAAUUGCAGUGUUGCCUCUGGGUGUGUGGUGGUGAUGUUGAUGAAAACAAAAAAAAGACAAACUGGGGCUAUAAUGAUCGUAAAAAUUAAUAUUUAGACUUUUGCAACAUUUUCAACAGUGAGGAUUUUAUGCAAGACAACAAAUCUAACUGUAACAUUCCAUGUCACCUUUAGCCAGCCAUCUGAGAGGGGAUGUACUCGUCUGUGUAAAAUAAAUGGGACAAUUCUACAAUCA